AUAGUAAUGGAAGCUAAAAGACAAGUCCAUUUCAACUAUAAACCAGCAUUAUUUGGAGGUACAUCAAUGGAGUAUAUGGAGAUACCAAAAUCUUCUUCUGCAAUAAUGCGGUUAUGAUUGAAUUUGAACGAACCCAUUUAAACCAAACUCCAAAACCAUAAUGGAUUUCAAGGUCAUCAUUUUCUGAUUACAAUUAUUCUUUCUACUUUUGUUUUUAUUAUUCGCACGAUUCUUUUGAUUUCCUUUCCUUGUCUUUGACCAAAAGAUGAAUUCUUUUCUCUAUUCUUUAGCUUUUUUCUUUUCUUUUUGAUUAUUCAGUUUCAUCCUUUUAACUAUAUAUUAUCCAAAUUGAAGUUAUCCUCAUAGACUGAUAGACACACACAGACAAACCCACUUUCUUUCUCUUUCUCUUUCUCUUUCUUUCAUUAUCAGAAGACUUUUACGUGUUAUGUGUAUAUAUAUUGUAAUUGCCAACAGUGUAGUGUGAGGAUUUAUGAGUAUGGAUAAGUUGAAGUUGUUUUGUGGUUUUUGUAUGAUUUUGAGUUUGGAGUUCAUUGAAGGAGCUCCAAGAGGUUCUCUCAUCACUCAGAUACCUGGUUUCAAUGGCAAAUUCCCAUCAAAACACUACUCAGGGUAUGUGAGCUUUAACCAGAAGAAUCUGUUCUACUACUUAGUUGUUUCUGAAAGAAAUCCAUCAAAAGAUCCUGUUGUUCUAUGGCUCAAUGGAGGACCUGGCUGCUCUAGCUUUGAUGGCUUUGUUUAUGAACAUGGACCAUUCAACUUUCAAGAAGGGCAUCCAAAAGGAAGCUUACCCACAUUGCAUCUAAAUCCAUAUAGCUGGUCCAAGGUUUCAAAUAUAAUUUAUUUGGAUUCUCCAUGUGGUGUUGGACUCUCUUACUCCAAAAACACAAGCAAAUACACAACUGAUGACUUCAAAACUGCAGCCGACACACACACUUUUCUUCUUAAGUGGUUUGAACUAUACCCAGAAUUUCUCAGCAACCCAUUUUACAUUUCUGGAGAGUCUUAUGCUGGAAUUUAUGUACCUACUCUUGCUCACGAAGUGGUGAAAGGAAUAAAAGCUGCUCAGAAACCAAUUAUUAAUUUUAAGGGUUAUUUGGUAGGAAAUGGAGCAUCACACACCAGAUUUGAUGGGAUCAAUGCUCUUAUCCCUUUCGUACAUGGAAUGGGUCUUAUAUCCGAUGAUAUUUUCGAGGAAAUUCAAAGUAAUUGCAAAGGAAAUUACUACAAUCCUACAGCUAAUUGCGAUUCAAGCCUUGUCAAGCUGGAAAGGUGUUUGUCAGAUUUGAACAUUUAUGAUAUCCUUGAGCCCUGUUACCAUGAUCCUGAAGCAACACAAAAGGUAAAAGCAAACUCAAGCUUGCCUGUUAGCUUCCAGCAAUUAGGGGCUACAGAAAGGCCUCUCAAGGUCAGAAAGAGAAUGUUCGGCCGCGCUUGGCCGCUAUGGUCAUUAGAAAAAGAUGGUAACCUCCCAUUAUGGCCUAAACUAGCUGAGCAAGGCAGUGUCCCAUGCGUUCGCGAUGAGGUUGCGACUGCCUGGCUGAACGAUGAAUCAGUUAGAAAAGCAAUUCAUGCUGCUCCGAAAUCCAUAGCGGGUCCUUGGGAGCUGUGCUCAGAUCGAAUAGAUUAUGAAUAUGGUGCUGGAAGUAUGCUCCCUUACCACAAGAACCUGACAAUGCAAGGAUAUAGAGCGCUUAUAUAUAGUGGAGACCAUGAUAUGUGUAUACCUUUCACCGGAACUCAAGCAUGGACUAGGUCACUUGGAUAUAAGAUAAUUGAUGAAUGGAGACCAUGGAUGUCAAAUGAUCAAGUUGCUGGGUAUUUGCAAGGAUAUGUCAACAACCUCAUCUUUUUGACCAUUAAGGGAGCAGGGCAUACGGUCCCUGAGUACAAGCCACGGGAGUCGUUGGAUUUCUAUAGCAGAUGGUUAGAUGGAAAACCAAUAUAAUCAAACAGGGGAAAGAUUUGAUAUUUCAUAGCUUGUAUCUGUUGAACGAUGAAACAAAUUAAGUUCCAUUUAUUUAUACCAAGGGAAAAAAUGAAAGAGCCUAUUUCAAAUAAGGAGCUCCUACUCUUAGCUCCAAAUACUCUGAUCUUUAUAAAGAUUUUUAAUUUUUUGGGUA